GAAGAGGAAGCUGCAUGUCAGGCUCGGAAGUUGCUGCCGAGUGUUUUUCCUGGCGCCGUAAUUCAGAGGGUUUCCCGAGCACUCCACCAACAUGAAGGGGUUUGUCAAGUGUGUUUACUCCUUCCUCUGCUAAAGUUAGUCGGUAAACAGGCAGUUAGCUCGGCUCCUCGUCAAGUGGUUUUCCUGAGUGAUCAUGAAUAGCGGACGCCCGAUUAGACCGCCGGGCGAAGAUGUGCCCCCUUUCGAAAUGGGCCCACGGAGUUGGGCUCCCCGGUUUGAGGGAGGAUGGAGACCCCCGCCACCAGAAGGGUGGAGACCCCCGCCACCAGAAGGGUGGGGACCCCCGCCGCCUGGAGAAUGGGGACCCCCACCACCUGAUCGUUGGGGCCCGCCGCCACCUGAAGGCUGGGGUCAGCCCGGAGAGUGGGGACCAAGGAGGCCUCCAUCAGCUGAUUGGGGCCUUGGAGGCCCCCCGCCGCCAGGUUGGGCCCCCCCUCCUGAUGACAGGUGGCCCCCUCCAGACUGGGGCCCACCGCCAGAAGACUGGCGCUCUUACCAUGACUACUGGAGACAUGAGCGCGGCCACCCCAGGGCCUGGGCACCUCCUGGUUGGGAACCAGCACGUGGACCAUGGGGCCCAGACCCCCUUCCUCCACCUCACAUUGGGAUGGCUCCUCCGGACCACGCCUCAUUUGGGCCCAUGCCCCCCUACGGUUUCCCGUCAUUCCCCCCCCCUGUGCCGCUCCCAGGGGAGGUGAUGCAGAACCCGGUUCCUGAUCAGCCGGAGUGGAUAAAAGCGUUGAUCUUGGCUCCGCCCACUGAUGCUGCUGCCCCAGAGGUGUUGAAGGACGAGGCUGCUGAGAAGCCGGAACCCGGCCCUACUAAAGCAGAACCUGGCAAGGCCUGCGCAGGCUUGGGACUGCUGGGAAAGCCACGAGUCAGCUCCAAGCCGCCCCCGGGUCGCUACCUUGGUGUCAUCUCCCUCAUUGGGCCAAACCUUGGCCACAUCGAGAGGGAGGACCAGGAGAAGUUCACGUUUGACUUAAAGGCCUUCUAUGGCGACGGCAGAGCCAUGAAGCCUGGGGUCAGUGUUCAUUUCACUGCCUGCAAAGAGAAGGGCUCCAACAUUGCCACCGACGUGAAUGUGGCACCUGGAGGAACUGAGAAGGUGGACCUGGAGAUAUACGAGGGGGUGGUCAGUCAGUCCAUCGCAGAGCCACAGUCUGGAGAACGCCAAUACCCUGGUCAAGUCAUCGUGGACAUCGGUCCCCUGAGGACCAACCUGCCGUUCCUCAGGAAGGACAGCGCGGUGACGCUGCUGGAAAACGACCGGGUUCUGAUUAACCUGCUGACUGACGUGGUCAGUGACAAGAAGAGAGCAACAAAUAUUCGCCCACAGAUCCCAUCCACCUUCACCUUCACCAAAGAGCCGCGCCUUAAGGGCGUCAUCACAAGUCUGAAGGACGACGAGGGUGUCAUUCAGUCGGAUCUGCACCCCGAACUUCCCUUCAGUACCUGUGAGAACUUGAGCGAUGUUGAUUUCACAGAAGAGGAUUUGAAGGAGGAGGUGGAAUUCUCAGUGGUCGUGCUGCAAACCAAGCCGAGGGCAGUUCGGAUUCAACGUGUGAAGGAGCCACUGCUGCUCACGCUCUGCACUGCCACCACAACUCUUGGAAAGGUCACGGGUGAAAGCACGUCGAAGGAGACCAAGGAGAAGGCUGGCGUGGAUGCGGCCUCCAACCUGAAGCUGGACCCUGAGCUCUACGAGGGCGUGGUCGUCCAGCCGGUGGAGAAGGCCACGGAGGAGCAGCCGGGUGUCCUAGGAAAGAUCCAGGCCAACAUUGGCAGCAGCAAAGCCACCGUGGCAUUCGAUCAGCACGACUCGGGCGUGACGCUGCUGAGGAAUGACCAGGUUUUGAUCAACCUUUUGGUGGAUGUCGCCACUGGAGAGGAACGGGCCACGAACAUCCGAGCAAAGAUCCCCUUCACCUUCAACAACACGCAGGAGACUCGCCUGCUGGGCGUCAUCGCCAGUCUGGGACCAACGGAAGGCCUCAUCAGCUCGCAGGAACACGGAGAACUCCCAUUUGAUGUUUGUGAGCACUUCAGCGACACAGAGUUCACCGCCAGCGAUGUCCAAAAGGAGGUGGAGUUCACCGUGGCCGAGGUGAGCACACGCAAGAGAGCCAUCCGGCUGAGAAGGACACGGACGACUGACGCCAAAAAAGACCAUCACCGGGGAAGUUUGGAGAAGAAGAAGAAGGAGGAAGUGACAGCAGCAUUAAACGCUGCACUCAACAAGUGGACCCCCAUCGGAUUUAAGUUUCAUUGUCCCGAUUCAAAGGACGACGUGAGCAAGGACUGGUUUGAAGGCACCGUGCUGAGGGUCCUCACCAAAACCGCCGUCAAGAAUAUCAAGAAGGAAGCCGAGGCCCAGCUGCUGCCACUGCCGAAAGAGAAGGAAGAGGGAAAUAAGAGUGACAAAGCCUUGAAAACAGAUGACACGGAUGAGGAAGAUGAGAAGACGGAUGUGAAGGUGAAAACCGAGCAGCUGGAGGUGAAGGACGAGAAUGAUGCGGAGGAGCUUGGCCAGGAGGCGGGGCUUCUGGUCACAACCAUACGUGGCGAACAGAAGCAGCUGCCGUUUGGACACAACGACCUAAUGAGCUCUGCUACCAUGAUGGUGGGAGACAAGGUGAAAUUCCACAUCGCCAGUCACAGAGAUACUAAAGUUGAAAGAGCAACUUUUGUUGAAAUACUUCCAGAGUCUUUUCAGGAGUCCACGGAAGAACGGCAUCAUGGCAUUGUGAUUGAGUUCUCAGAACUGUCUGGUCUCAUCAAGUGCUCCGAGAAUCCUCAGCUUUUCUUCUUCAUGUCGGAGGUGAUGGAGAAGAAGAAACUGCAGCUCAACGAGCGAGUGAUGUUCACCAUCGCGCCGCACCAGACGCUACAGGGUGCUGUCCAGGCCGUGCGGAUCAAACGAUACGUGGAAAGCUUCUUACAUUCCUUUCGAAAAUCCACAAAGGAAAAGAUGACCAUCAAACUGAUGAAAGCAACAGAUGAAUCAGACAAAGUGAAUGUGGAAGCAGCAAAGAUGAAGGCAGUGGUGAAGAAUCUUCGUUCACAGAACUCAAAAACCAGAGAAGCUAGCAUCCCGCGGCGCCACGCUCGCAGCAAAAGCAGAAGUCCUCCCAAAGACCAGUUCGGCCGUGUCUUAAAAAAGAGAAGUGACCGUAGAAGGAGGAGUCGUAGUCCAGAGCACUCUACCAGGAGGACCAGGAGCCGCUCAAGGAGCCGCAGCAGGCAUCGCAGUGGAAGCAGGAGCCGCUCCAAGAACCGCAGCAGAAGUCGGAGCAGGAGCAGGGACCGGGGCAGGAAGAAGAGAAGCACCUCCAGUAAAGAGCAUGACAGCAGCCAGAAGAGAAGGAGGGAGCUGAAAUCCCCUCCCUGCAGAACUGCUGUGGUGGACGAUGAGUUGGUUCGAAAGAAGCGAGAACUGGAGGAACUGAAUGAGAUGAUUGCUUACAAGAAGUCUCUGGUUGAUUUCAGCGGACCAGACCCUGGACAUAAAACGUGCAUUGACUAUGACCACGGCCGUGUCGCCGUCCCACUUACUGAGUACAAACAAGUGAGGCCUAUCCUGAAGAGGAGACCGGUAGACCACCCAGAGUACCACUACCGCUCUCCGUAUCCUUUCGAGGAGCCGUACUACCGUCCUUACUCUGACCCGUAUGCCGAUCCUUACCGGGACAGCCGUCUAUCCACCGAGGGAGCCUACGACCACAACCCUCCCUCCAGCCACAGAUACAAUGACCGCUACGAUGUUUAUGAUGAACCGUAUGACAGUCGGUACCACGACUCGGCGUAUGUGGAUCCUCAUGGUCAUGUGGCUCCGGACCGGUCCCUGGACGGGCCUGUGCUGUCUUCUCAGUCGGUGCUUGAGAAUGCAGCUUCCUCAAUUCUCGCACCCCGUUCUUUCAAACCUCCAUCCCCGAGGACACGGUCUCCUCGAAGUCCCUCACCCCAACGCAGUUCAACUGCCAUUGCAAACCCACCACUAGACCAUUUCCUUGUCAUGCUUGGAAGGAAAGCUGCUGACAGCAAGCAUGAGCCGACUGCGGAGGAUGGAUUGCUGCCGCACGAGCGUGCGGUGGAAGAUGGGCGGGGCUUUUCCCGGAUUGUUGGACUUACUCCAGAUCAGUCAAGCAAUACAUCACUGGCUGAAGUGACUCAGAAACGACCAACUCCAGAGGACGCUCCAAACAUGGAUAAUGAAGAAAGCAAAGCGGAACCAUACCACAAGAUACAGAAUCUGCUGCGCACCAUUGGACUGAAGCUGAGCUCUGGGGAAAAGGAGCCAAGUCCCACAUCCUCUUCCCGAGAGAGGGAGGUCCAGGUGCAGCUCUCCAAACAUGAUGAAAAGAUCGACGUGCCCAAAAAAGUUAACAAGACAAGUGGUACUCCUAUGCCUCCACCUGAACCUCCUCCAGCCAACUACAGUCACCCGCCUAUUCCAGCCGGCUGGCCUCUGCUGAAAGGUCCAGCGUCUUUUGCGGCUGCAGAAAUCCCUCCGGCCUCCAGGGUACCCCCAGGACCACCCCCUGGUCCUCCUCCUCGGCGCCCUGAACAGCCUGUUGCCAGAACUCCUCCUGGGCCUCCACCCGGACCCCCACCCCGGGCAUCGUUUGAGCGUCCUCAGUUGUUGCUGUCUUCUAAUGAGGAAGAUCGCCCUCCUGCAGCUCUCCCUCUUCUGUCCAAAGAGGCACAAGCAACCAUGUCCUCCACAGUGGCCCAGUGCCUUCAUGUGAUCAAGGCGUCUCUGGCAUCUCAGCAGCCCGCUAGAAUGUCCAAGUCUGUCCAGUUCUCUUUACCUGCUCCAUCUCCACAAGCGUCGAAUCACUCCAGCUCCGAGACGGAGGAAGAGCUCAAGACCAAGCAGCCCAGGAUGAACGUUUACACCCAGGCAGAUAAGAAACUCUGUGAUGAAGACGUUGGCUGUGGCGUCUCUGCAGGUCGACCAUUUGGCAACAAGAAGCCCCGAAAUGUUUGGAUCUGUGGUCACUCGCUGGUGUGUUGGGCCGAGUCCCAGGCCCAGUCCCAGGACACGGGUGCCCAGCUGGGACUGGACCCCAGGAGGGUGGCCGUGUGGUGGAAAGGGUGGGCUGGCAUGACCUGGCCUAAGCUGCUGCCCGAGCUUCACCAGCUGUUGCUCACCUGGCCCCGACCACAGGUCCUCAUUCUGCACCUGGGGGGGAACGACCUGAGCGCAGAGAGUCCCACCAAGCUGCUGACAUCUGUUAGGAAGGAAUUGAUGUCCAUCAGAAGUGUGUUCCCAGACUGUUUGCUGGUCUGGUCUAACAUUUUACCCCGCAGAACCUGGGCCCACUCAUCGGACAGCCAUGAGGUGGAUCUGGUCCGGACCACAGUCAACCGCAGGAUCCACAACAUCUUUAGUGAUUUGAGCGGGUCCUCGCUGGCUCACGACAACAUCCGCUGUGGCGCCAACACGGGUCUGUACCAGGUCAAUGGGAUUCUGCUGUCACAAAAAGGCAUCAGUGUCUUCAAUCAGAACCUGAAGGAUUUCUUGGAGAAGUGGGAAAAGAGCCUCUCUGGCUGAGUCUGCAUGUUUGGUAAACGUUUUUAAAGUGGUGAUGCAGAAGCAGAAACCUUGCAGUGGUUUCUGGACUUGUGCAGUUGGUCAUGCCUCAAAUAAAGUUUGCAGUCCCACAGCGCCGCCUCUUUUCUAUUUCUCGGUUCAAAACGGAUCAUCCACUAUGCUGUGACCACUAAUGCAAACUCAAAUCUGAGAUGUCUGUCUGAGACGAUUGAAUUAGCGUUCCAAUAUUGUGACCCAAAUCACCAUUUUUGGGACGUACAGGGGGUUAAACAAUGAGAUGGUAGCCUUCAGCCCCGAGACUGAACAGUAUGUGACACUGUGGUGUUGCGUUCAGUUGUUAAAUGCUGGAAUGUGUCAAUAAGCAUUGGGGACACGAGGUGCACUUCCUGACUGGAGCCAAGCAAGACGGGU